AGCCGUCAUCGUCCGGAGCCCAACCAGUUCCUUCUUCCGCAAACACAGCUCUGCCUCUCGGUUUAUCGGCUCAUCAAUGCAGCGGCUGCCUUUCGCUUCCUGGCUCUGCUCUACACCCCUCUCUGCCCCGACAUUUAUGAGCGAUUGAUCGACGACAUGACGGCCAACAGCCGCUGUUCGGUCGCGGAGCCGCCGGGUCUGGAGACCCAGCGGCGGGAGAUCGAGUGUCUGCUUCGGGAGAGUGAGCUCCAGGCUGGGGACAGCUGGUACGUAGUGGACCGGCGCUGGUUCGAGCAGUGGAAAGAGUUCGUGGAGAGCGGGGACCAGAACUCCUCGUCCUUCCCGGGUCAGAUCGACAACACCGAGCUGUUCGAGGACCUGGACUCGUACCACCUGAAGGACCGGCUGGUGGAGAACGAAGACUUCAUGCUGGUGCCGGCCGACGCCUGGCACAAGCUGCUGCUGUGGUACGGGAUGAUCGACGGCCAGCCGGCGCUGGAACGCAAGGUGGUGGACCUGCCCAGCACGCUGAAGGUGGAGGUCUACCCUGUGGAGGUCUUCCUGUGUCUCCAUAGCAACAUGGAGAACGUGAUCAGCGCCCAGUUCAGCCGCACCGACAGCGUCAACGCCAUCCAGGCGGCCAUGUGUCGGGCCUUCUCCGUGCCGCCGGGCUCAGAGUGCCGCCUGUGGAUGAAGAGCUCAGACAGCAGCUGCGAGCGCCUCAGGAACGUCCAUGUGAGCGUGCUGGACGCCUGCUUGAGCUCGGGCAUGACGGUGAUCAUGGAGACGAGGAACGCCGACGGCACCUGGCCCAGCUCCAGACCUCAGAUCAUGAGGAACUCUGCGGAGGAGCAGGACUCGUACCGAGGACAGCCGGGGGUCUGCGGCCUCACCAACCUGGGCAACACCUGCUUCAUGAACUCCGCUCUGCAGUGUCUGAGCAACACGCCUCCCCUGACCGAGUACUUCCUGCGGAGCUCCUACCUGGACGAGCUGAACUUCACCAACCCGCUGGGGAUGAAGGGCGAGAUCGCCGAGGCCUACGCCGACGUCAUCAAGCAGAUUUGGUCCGGCCGCCAUUACUCGGUGGUGCCGCGCGUCUUCAAGACCAAGGUGGGCCACUUUGCCUCCCAGUUCCUGGGCUACCAGCAGCACGACAGCCAGGAGCUGCUGUCCUUCCUGCUGGACGGCCUCCACGAGGACCUGAACCGGGUCAAGAACAAAGAGUACAUCGAGCUGCGAGACGCCGACGGCCGACCCGACCGGGAAGUGGCGGAGGAGGCGUGGCGGAACCACCGGCGGCGGAACGACUCCGUCAUCGUCGACACGUUUCACGGCCUCUUCAAGUCCACGCUGGUCUGUCCCGAGUGCCACAAGGUGUCCGUGACGUUCGACCCCUUCUGCUACCUGAGCGUCCCGCUUCCUGUCAGCAAGGAGCGCGUCAUGGAGGUCUUCUUCGUCUCUCUGGACCCCCACGCCAAACCGGUGCAGCACCGCGUCGUCGUUCCCAAAGCAGGAAAGGUGUCGGACCUCUGCGCCGCUCUGUCAGAGAUGACCAGCGUCCCGCCCACACAGAUGGUCGUCGCCGACGUCUUCAACCAUCGCUUCUAUAAAAUCUACAACCCAGAAGAGUCUCUGAGCUGCAUCCUGGACCGGGACGACAUCUUUGUGUACGAGCUGAGCGAGCGGGACGAGGACUCGGUGCUGCUGGCGCUCUACCUGAGGGAGCGCUCCCACUACCGGGACUACGGCUCCAGCGGCAGCUCGUACGGCGCGGCGCUGUUCGGACACCCGCUGCUGCUCUACGUGCCGCGCGGCGGCUGCAGCCAGGAGGCGCUCUACGGCCUCUUCCUGCAGAGACUGGCGCGCUACGUACGACCUCCUGACCCCGCCGAGGAGCUGGAGGAGGAGGAGGAGGAGGAGGAUGAAGAGGAGGAGCUGUAUAAGACUCAAACCAACGGCAUCAGUGAUGACGAGCCGGAGUCCUCAGAGACCGCCGGGCCCCCGGAGCCUGAACCAAGCUGCAGCAACGCGUCAAACGGGCCAUCGGACGGCGCCGCCGCCGCAGCCGAGCCCGUAGCUGAGGUCAACCACACCCCGACCUCUCUGGACCAGGGAGACACCGAGGUCAGGAACGGCUCCCUGAACCCGGCCGAGGCCGCGGCCUGCGAGGGCGACGCCAGCGCCUGCGGCGACCUGGGAGCCGACGGCGAGGCUGAAGGCGCCGCAGAACCGCCGGCGGAGGAACCCCAGCAGCCGCGUGCGUCCGCAGACGGAGAAAAGGAGGAGGACAAGCAGGAGGAGGCUCGUUCUCCCAGCCCUCCAGCCAACGAGCAUCCAGCAAAGAGGCGGGCGUGUCGCAAGAGGAGGCGGAGCCUGUUCACCAUCCAGGCGGUCAACUCCAACGGGACGACCGAGCGAGACACGGGAGAGGGAGGCAGCGCCGUGUCCUUCAGCUCUCAGCCGUACGUGGCCAUUGAUUGGGACCCAGACAUGAAGAAGAGGUUCUACAACGAAAACGAGGCCGAGCGCUACGUGAAGCACGCCAGCAUGGAGGUUCCCCAGCAGCAGACCACCGUCCAGCUGCAGGAGUGCAUCGAGCUCUUCACCACCGUGGAGACGCUGGAGGAGGAGAACCCCUGGUACUGUCCGGUGUGCAAGAAGCACCAGCUGGCCACCAAGAAACUGGACCUGUGGUCUCUGCCGGAGGUUCUCAUCAUCCACCUCAAGAGGUUCUCCUACACCAAGUUCACCAGAGAGAAACUCGACACCAUAGUGGACUUCCCCCUCAGGGAUCUGGAUUUCUCCGGCUUCCUGCUGAGGAAGGACGUGUCCACCGAGGAGCCUCCCAGCCGCUACGACCUCAUCGCCGUGUCCAAUCACUACGGAGGACUCAGGGACGGACACUACACCAGCUACGCCCAGAACAAGGACAACGGCCAGUGGUAUUACUUUGACGACAGCAAGGUGACGUACGCGGCGGAGGACCAGAUCAUGACCAACGCCGCCUACGUCUUGUUCUACCAGCGCCAGGACAAGAUCCGCAAACCCACUCUGCCCGCCCCCGCCACAAGCUCCGCCCCCUCCGCCGGCUCCAUGGAAACGGACUGAACCAGCCGUUUCCCUCCGUCGCUGCAGCGGGCGUUCGUUUUUUUCCCUCUAGAACUUUAUCGGCACAUCUGACGCUGGACACUCAGGGUGGUUCUGCUCGUUGAUUCGGACUCGGACCCGUUCCAGGCGCAGGGAGCGACCCGCAGCCUUUAAGACGCUCACGUUGUCAACCUGCAGCAGAACAUUCCACUAAACGUGAGCAGAACCGGUUCUGCCGGAACCAGACUUCCUGAAACACCAGCUGCGCCGGAAGCUUUCAGGCUUUUCACUUUUCCUUCACUUUACAAACAUCCAGCUUUGAUUUCUCUUGAUUUUAGGAAGAACCGCUGCGGUUCUGGCGCCCGGGGCCCGGUCCGGUCCGGGCGGAACCGCAGAUUAUUUGUACGCUGAACAAAGCUGUCAGGGAUUUUAAACAGAUGUUUGUAUAUUUAGCUCAUUUCCUCCAGAUAUUUAUUUGCAAUGAAUCCUUUAGACGAUCGGCUGGUGACAGGAUUUAUUUUCAUAUUUAUAGAUGACAUUUAUAUUCCAUUGGAGGGGGGGGGGGGCUCUGUACAGUAUUUUUUUAUUGUAAAUGUGAGAUUAAUAUCCUUCCUGGGUGGAGCAGCAGGGAACACGCGCUCGUUUCUUUCUUCCCGGUCAGAUAUCAGAGGAAAUUAUUUUACUGUACUUCAGAUCUUUUGAUAAGAAUUAAAGGAUAAUUAUCACCACCAG